UCUUCAUGGCUGAUGGUGAAAAGUGCGGGCAGGACUUGUUCUCCUUGUCGCCUCCUUGCAGGGUCGCAGGCUGUCCGCGGACACAGGGCUGCCGAAGCAAUGUUCAGCUAUCUCUUGUUGGGAAUCUUUGUGUCACUUUGCCAUGCUCAGAGCGGGGAGAACGAGGAGAGCCCCUCGUGCUACGGAGGAUUCGACCUGUACUUUGUUUUGGACAAGUCUGGGAGUGUUCAACAUCACUGGAAUGAAAUUUUUUUCUUUGUUGACCAUCUUGCGCACAAGUUUAUCAGCCCUCAGCUGAGAAUGUCUUUCAUUGUUUUCUCGACCAGAGGCACCACGCUAAUGACCUUAACAGAGGAUAGGGAACGGAUUCGCCAAGGACUGGAGGAGCUUCAAAUGGUGCAGCCUGGAGGGGACACCUACAUGCAUGAAGGCUUUGAGAGGGCUAGUGAACAGAUCUACUACUCAAGUGCUGAAGGAUACAGGACUGCCAGUGUCAUCAUUGCUCUGACAGAUGGCGAACUGAUGGAGAAUCUCUUCUACUACGCUGAGCGAGAGGCUGAUCGAUCAAGGAGUCUUGGAGCAACGGUCUACUGCGUUGGUGUCAAAGACUUCAAUGAAACCCAGCUGGCACGGAUUGCAGACAGUAAGGACCACGUCUUCCCAGUAAACGAUGGUUUUGAGGCUCUCCAGGGCAUCAUUGACUCAAUCCUGAAGAAAUCCUGUAUUGAGAUUCUGGCUGCUGAGCCAUCAAGCAUCUGUGCUGGAGAAACAUUUCAAGUUGUUGUGAAGGGGAAUGGAUUUUCCCAUGCACGUAGCGUGGACAAAGUUCGCUGUAGCUUCAAGAUUAACGAUACCGUGACCCUCAUUAAGAAGCCUUUGGUGGUAGAAGACACCUAUUUGCUCUGUCCUGCGCCAGUACUACAAGAGGUUGACAGAGCGGUGUUCUUGCAGGUCAGCAUGAAUGAGGGUCUUAGCUUCAUCUCCAGUUUCGUUACCAUCACAACUGUCCACUGUUCCGAUGGAACAAUUCUGGCUAUCGCACUCUUAAUCCUGUUCCUGCUGCUGGCACUGGCUCUCCUCUGGUGGUUCUGGCCUCUGUGCUGCACUGUGAUUAUUAAAGAGCCCCCUCCACCACCCUCGGAUGAUGAAGAAGAUUCGGACUCGGAUGGAAUGCCCAAAAAGAAAUGGCCAACUGUCGAUGCCUCAUAUUAUGGGGGCCGAGGUGUGGGAGGAAUUAAAAGAAUGGAGGUCCGCUGGGGAGAGAAGGGAUCAACGGAAGAAGGCGCCAAACUGGAAAAAGCCAAAAAUGCGAGAGUUAAAAUGCCGGAGCAAGAGUAUGAGUUUUCAGAGUCUGGAAUGCACAAUAAUAAUGGAGCUCGCAAGUUGAACUCCCCCAGAAAGUGGUAUUCGCCAAUCAAGGGCAAGUUGGAUGCAUUAUGGGUUCUUCUGCGGAAAGGUUACGAUCGGGUAUCUGUGAUGAGGCCUCAACCUGGAGACAAGGGCCGGUGCAUUAAUUUCACAAGAGUAAAGACCAACGCAAAGCCACCCAGUUAUCCAAUCUACAACAACAUGCAAAAUGGUGGGCUGGCUCCCAUCUACCGCCCAAGCAUAAGUCUUCCAGCAUCUCCUGCCCCAUCGCCUGAACCGUCACCUACUCAGUCAACGACUCCUUCGCCCUCUUCAUCGCCAACUUCCACUCUGCCUCCACCUCCACCAGGACCGCCACCCACACGGGCUCCUCCACCAUCACGCCCACCUCCUCGCCCUUCUUUCUAAACUUGGGCAAGUCACGUGGUUCACCCUUCAUAUUAACAGCUGAUGGGAAGGGCACCAAAGAGGUACUGUGCAAAGGUCCCUACUGGUCUGAAGGAGACUCUUUCCUUUUUGUCAGUUUAUUGGAGAGGGCCUGCAGCAAACCAAACUCCAAUUUACACAGCAAGUAUCCUUUUGAACUUGUGCCGGUUAGAUUUGGCAUCAUUGUCUUAAACUUGAUCAAUUGUCGCUUUUAAAUGUGUGAUAUAUUGAUAUUCGACAGUUACCAUUUUAUAUAUAUCUUAUUACAUUUUAGUAUCUUUUUGCAACUAAACUGAGUGAAAAUUCAACAUCUAACGUUUAACUGUUGUGUUGAGUUUUGACCAAUUGAUUGUUGAGUUAUUACUUCUCUCCAAAUGGAUUGAUGGAAAGGAUGUUAAUAUUCCUUGUUGAUUGUGUCACCCUCAGUGUAACGGUUUUCAUUACAAACAAUCCCAGACAUGUUGCUAUUGGGGCUGGUCCAAGGAGACACAAGCAGAUUGGCUGUGGUGUUGAAUCCCAGUUGGGUCCCAGUCUUGGGCUCAUCUUGCCUCAGUUGGGCCAAAUGUUGGGGGGGUCUCACUGGGGCAGGAGGCUGCUGCCUGGCACGGUCAAGGAAAAGCUGGCAAGAGGCAGCAUGCCUUGCCGCAAGCUCAUUCCCCAACCACCACCAUUUUCCCUCACCCUGAUCUCAACCUGUCAAAGAGCAGCACUAUCUGAGUUGGGAAUUUGCAGGCAAGGGUGAUACUGCCUGGCAGUCAACAGACCCCAGUGGGGAUUGGAGAGAGGAAGGAAAUUCUGUCAAAGAGGAUAGGAAGAAGGGGGCCAAUGCAAACACCAUGGAUCCAUUCAGCCAGAGUGUGUCUAGUGACAGGCAGCAUGGUGAUCACCCUUCAAUGAAUUAAAUCCCUCCAGCAGCUGAUUCUGACUAGAUCCUCAUGCUGGGCAAUAUUUGGAAAACCACAGUGGUGUUUCUUCAAUUUUGAUUUUCUUUUAAAACGGCUUUGUCAAGAAGGGAGUUUCCUUCUUGGGGGCCGAGGCAUGCGGGGGCACUUGUGUGUGUUGUCCCAGGGGUGGCGGGUGUGUCGCAGGUUCAACCCUCCCACUCACCAAGUUCAGCUGCAGCUCCAGACGCCAAUUUCCAGCUCCAUUGGAUAGAUGGCUGGAAGCAAGUUGCCUAGUUUCCCUCUCACCCUGGGCACCAAGGGGACCAGGAGGCAAAUGGAGAGACUUCAUGCCCCGAAGAAGCUGGAAUGAGCUGGUGCCUCCAUUUGUCCACCUCCAUCCCACUGAGCAUCUUGGAAAGGAUUAAAUUGUGGAAUAUUCAAUUAUCCUGGGGACCUGAUGUACUUAGCCAAGAUUCUCUGGGAUCAGGUAGAGUAGGAAGCCUGGAGAUUCAAAUGCCCUGAGGAAAAGGUUAUUUGCAAUUAUUGUUGAGCUUAUGUGAAUUUGUAACAAUGUGGAAUCAGCAAUGCUGGCAAAAAAAAACUGAAAUAAAAUACACAGAAAGUUUCAACUUA